GCUUACACCGGAAGAUUAUCUUGUUGUUUGCAAACACCCUCCGAAUCAUGCUGAAGCUGUUUUUGCUGCUGGGCGCUGCGUGGGCCAUCCGCGAUGCUCCCUCGCUGCACGCGAUCAUGGAGCAGGAAGCCGCGAAGACCGCGACCACCACGGAUAUCACCAUGGUGGUGGAUGCCAUGCACACCGGGGCCUGUACAAAUUUCGGUCAGGACUAUCGAGUCUUGAAGAUUGUGGUCAAGGACAUGAACCUGCCAUCGCUCUACGAGCACAAGUUCCAAUUCGUGGUGGCUGAGAUGAAGGUGAAGAAGCAGGCCCACUUCGUGGCGGAGCUGGUAGGCGUGCCGGACUCUGCAAAGCUGCAGGCGACCGUCUACAUGAAGCAGAAAUACAAGUGGCAGUCACUCGGCUAUUCCAAGUGCGGGCGGAAGAGUGCGAUGAUUACCUUCCCGCACGACCUCAGUGUCCACAUUGAGCCUUUCCAGAAGGACUCCUCAGCGAGAUUCUACCAGUACAUUUCGCUCACCUUCCAGAAGCAUGUUACUGCAUGGCGGGCCGCUGCGGUGGAGGUGAUCGCAAGAGCUGCGGGGACGGAGCCUGUGAAACUCAAUGCCCGCGACAUGGCCAAGGGGAGGCCUCCCGCGCCGCCGGCCAUGCCGAAGGGAGACACGGACCCGGACCCGAUGCCCGAGAGCAUCGACUCGGUGGUGGCCUCGCCCACGCCCUCCACCGAGGCGCCUUCCCCUUCGCCUUCUCCUUCGCCUUCCCCUUCGCCUCCCCCUUCGCCGCCCCCUGUCAUCCCCGAGGUCGUGCCAGAACUGCCCUCGGAUGGUGUCAUUGACGCCGAGGACUCCACGACCGGUGAGGAUUGCGACAUGUGCAUGAUGCGUCUGGGCUUGGGCCUGGAGGGCAUGAUCGCGGCGCACAUCAGAGAUAUUACGGACGCCCUCUGCGACAUGGAGGACUGCGCUCCGACUUGCUCCACCGACUGGGAGGGGAGCUUCAUCACAUGCUCCAAGGAGCAGACCGAGUACCGCAAGAUGCUGAGAUCUUUGAUCGAGCGGAACCUGGCAGCACGGGCGGCAACGACUUCGAUUUCCGAGGCAAAGAGGAGCUUGUCCCCGGUGGCCAAAGAGGAGAUGGACAAGGCGGAGACGCGCGCCAAGGAAAUGGAGGAGUUCUCAAUCGUGUCUGCGGAGGUCGACGAUCAGCCGCACGAUGCAGAUCCAGCCGUUGUAGCCUUGAAGGCGUGCCAGAGUGGCCCUUCAGGCGGUGUCUGGCCAAGGAAGAACUUGGAAAGAAUCGUGGCGACAUCGGUGGGCAGGGAUGACGGCCGUGCGUCAAAGACGCAGUUGAAGACGUGGCUGAAGGACUAUUGCUCCGCCCGCACCACCAGCGAGGGGUUCGCUUGCGUGGGCCUGCUGACCAACGUGAAGGGCGAGCUGGUCGAAAAGAAGACGAAGUCCUCCGGCGGUUGCGACUUGUGGGAGUGGAUCGCGGCCAGGGCGAAGGACGAGUGGACCGAACGUUGCCCCUGGAACCGCUGGCGCCUCUGCGAAGCUGGGGAGAGGUGUCAGGGCAAGGGCACCGCUUCAACGAACAUCGCGUCCUGCUUCGCGAAGGAGUUGGACUGAGUGCGUGGCGACCGUGGCGACCGUGGCGACCGCUGAUUUUGGUACAAUCCAGCGCAGCCGUG